AUGAGCGGCCUCCCAGUCCUGCCCCUUGGCCUGCUCCUGCUCGCGCUCCACGCCCCUCAGGCACCGGGGCAGCCCAUAGGGACCGACUCCAGUACUUACUCCCCGCUGAUCAACGAAAUCCAGGCCAUCCUCAACGAGCCGCCGGUGCCUUCCCCAGACCGCCUGAGCUCCAAUGAGAAAUUCAUCCUGAGGAAUGAAACUUUUCUGAAGCUAAAUCUGGAUACAUUCCUGAAUGCUACCCAUCAUUUUGCAGACAAGGGAGACAAAAUCCGGGCACUUCUUAAGGAAUUCAAGACAGGCCUGCCCACCCCCACGGCCAUGGAAGAAGACCCGAUCAGUAUCAAGACGGGGAACUGGGGGGAUUUCAGGAGGAAACUGAAUGAAUAUCUGUAUGCCCUUAAGAACCGGAGCGGCCGGGACCGGUUUGUCUCAGUGGAUAGAGCGUCGGCCUGA